UCGGUAAGUUCGGAGCGAGCGGCUCUGGCGAGCGGGAGGCCGUGACCUGCGCCGCCCCCGGGGUUGCGGGAGGAGGGGCGUGGGGCGCAGAAGCCUGUUCUUAAUUUGUUGUUUGUGUGUCCUGGAGGAGAGCACGGAGUUUGAAAACAGGGGAGAAGAGAGGGUGGGGCUGGGCCGGGUGGGACUGGGGAACCCCGAGUGCCAGGGCGGUGAGGACCUGGGCAGGUUAGCGGAAGGUGGAGCCCACGCCCGGUGCUGGCAGGGGAGGAAGCGGGGAGCGCGGCCGCAGUGAGGCCCGGGCGGGCGGAGCGGGGCAGGUGUUGGCCGGUCCCGACCGGGGUUUGCCCUUGUGUGUUUCCACUUUUCUGGUAGAAGCGAUUCCUUCCGUCGUGGUAAGUGUGCACACAUUGCGCUCACCCUCGCCACUUCCCACCUAGGACAUGACCCGAGUGGGACGUCGCGGCCAUGGGGUCGUGGCAUUCAGUCUCUGCUCGCCUGCCCUCCUCCACGCGAAAGAAAGAUGACGGGGAGGAUUACCUGGCUGACCCUGAGCAAGAAGAAGCCAUCGCCCGGUUCCCGUAUGUGGAGUUUACAGGGAAAGAUAGCAUCACCUGUCUCACCUGCCAAGGGACAGGCUACAUCCCAACAGAGCAAGUCAAUGAGCUGGUGGCUCUGAUCCCACACAGUGACCAGAGGUUGCGCCCUCAGAGAACUAAGCAGUAUGUCCUUCUGUCGGUCCUGCUGUGCCUCCUGGCGUCUGGUUUGCUGGUCUUCUUCUUGUUUCCACAUUCAGUCUCCGUGGAUGAUGGCGGCAUCAAAGUGGUGAAAGUCACUUUUAAUAAGCAGGACUCCCUGGUGACCCUCAUCAUCAUGGCCACCCUGAAAAUCCGGAACUCCAAUUUCUACCAUGUGGCAGUGACCAGCCUGUCCAGCGAGGUUCAGUACAUGAACACAGUGGUUGGCACACAUGUGACCGCGAAUGAGUCCCGUAUCCCGCCGCGGGGCGAGGAGCUGGUGACCUUUACGGCAAAGGCUGAGAUGGGUGGCCCGUAUUCCUACGUGUACUUCUUCUGCACACUGCCCGGCCUCCUGCUGCACAACAUUGUGAUCUUCAUGCGAACUUCAGUGAAGAUUUCCUACGUCGGCCUCACGACUCAGAGCGCCUUGGAGACGCACCACUACGUGGACUGCGGCACGAAUUCCACAGCUGCUUAGCGCCUGCUCCUGGUCCCCGUGGCAGCACCUGUGCCCAGGUGCGGCGUUCACCUCCACCAGGUGGUCAGAGCCGGGGAGGAAUUGGCUGUGUUGACCCCGACAGACGCCUUCCUGCCCUCAGGGCAGUCUCCGCAGCGCUGUGUGCGUCCAGAGCUGGCGGAGUCCCUCACUGCCCAGGGCCUGCCUGUGCCCAGCGAGUGGUUGUCACUUACUCAUGAGGACUUAAGGAAUUUGAUUCGGACCUUUUCAGCUGUUGAGACCUGAUAAGCUGAAACCGUACCUGGGCUGUGUUGCAGUGGCACUGCUCGUGG